UAUGAUGCCAGGAGGACAGAUGGGGACGAGGAUGCAGUGGCAGGAACCAAUGGGAGAAAAGCAUCCCUGUCCAACUGGACAACAGUCUGCCGUCAAUUCUGACUACCUUUCAGGUCCAGUGUCUAGUAUGAUGGGGAUACCUGGUGAUCAGUGGGGGAACCAGAACAAAGGAAUGAAGGACAGCAACAUACCAGAUUCUCUCAUGGGUUUCUCCCAGCCAGGGAUGAUGAAUAUGAACAUGGGUUCAGGAGGUAUGGGGGGCAUGGCUCCAUUCCAGACAGACAUGCCUCCUAUGGGCAACUCACAGAAAGCCUCUCCUCUGUUUGCCUCUGAGCCCCACAAACAGUCCCAGUCCCAGGCCCCCUUUAAGCCCAACGACUCAUACCCCUCUGCCCCGGGUCACAACACCCAGUCCCAGGACAACUCUGCAGUUUGGACAAACCCAAACCCCUGGGCAGGUGGUGAGUCCGGGCUGCAAGCCUCAGAGGGUCUCAGCCUUUCCCCCAGCGACUCAGUGGAGGAGAGCCCCAACUCUGACCGCCUCAGCCCCCACGGCCAGGAGACUGGCUCUGGGGACGAGAGGGGGACCGGGGGGGUCAACAGCGGCAGCAAGCAGCAGAAGAGGAAGAAGAAGAAAAGGAGGCCCAGAGAGGAGGUGUAUGACUUCAUGGACAGGCAAGAGGCUCCGGACUCUUCGAAGGAGGAGGAGGGCGAGACAGAGAGCGGAGCCUCGGACUGCCCUCUGAGUCUGUCCUCCCCGAGCAAGGAGGAGAGCUGGGAGUGUGAGAUGCGAGGGAGGGGAGGGGGUAGGGUCAGGGGCAGGAAGAAUAAGAGCAGGAUGAAGCUGCCAGAGGAGUGGGGGCCAACACCCCAGGAGCCCACGACACCCCAUGCCACCCCAGCCUCGGUGUCUGCAAUGGUGAUGGCCUCCGGUCCGUUAAGUUCAACCCUAGAGAACAUCUCCUCCCUCAUAGCCGACCCACAGACUAACCCCUUUAGCAGUUUUAUAGAGGACACCAAACCCUCUCACACCUCCACUGCCCCACCACUCACUGAGAACCCCAAACCAAGUCACAUCCUCAACAAGGACCCUGCCCUAACAGACACUUCCACUAGUAACUUGAACAUGUUUGAGCAACCUUCUCCAGCCAAGGUAAACAUGGAGUGGGAGGCUGAGGCUCCUGUUAAAAACACUGCCUCUGCUCCCCUCCAUUAUGAACCCAUGUGUAUUGAUGACUUUAAAAUGCCCCCUCCCUUAGCCACAAAAGAUGUCCUACCCCCCAAGAAGGAGGAGGCAGCUUUGUCCUUCACUGCCAAAGUCUCCUCUGAUCAUUGUCGUCGUGAGGCCAACGCAUCUAUUACUGACCAGAGGCAACUGGGUCCUCAGAGCUCCCCAGGCUUCAGCCCCCAGGUCUCACAGACCUCUUUCCUAGACUCUGUCCUGCAGACCCCCUCAGCCAGCACCCCUGCUUCACAGCCACAGGCCCAGUCUCAGACCACCACACCCCAGGGCCUUCCUCCAAACACCACCACCUCCUCCUCUUUCCAGUGCACUUCUCCUCCACUGUUUAGCCACUCCUCCCAGCCUGYUCARGACACUCCCAGUCCCCGCCCUGCAGUGGGCUCAGGCCUCAACCCUGCAGCCCCACCCUUUAUCCCCACUACACUGCCACUCACAGAGCACCAGGAGCCACCGCUGCCAGAGCCCCCCCUGCUGGAAGUGAAAGCAGAAAAUAAGGACAAACAAGAGAAGGCUGAUUUCUUCCCCAAGAUGGAUAACUUGAACAUGUUUGAUAAGACCGAGAAGUCGGACAAGAUGGAGAAUAAAGAGAAAGAAGAUCAAUCUAAGAAAGUCAAUGCUGACAAGACAAACAAAUCCGAGAUCCUCAAAGAUGAAGAGAAGAUUGAUAAGACAGAGAAAAAUGUUAAAAAUGAAAAAGUGGACAAGCCAGAGAAGACCAACAAAGAUGAGAAGAUGGAGAAGAAAGAAAAUGGAGAGAAAAUGGACAAGAUGGUUAAAGUUGAGAAGAAUGAAAAGGCUGGGAAAGGUACUGCAAAGUCCCCAACAACCAUCAGAAGCAAGCAGGACCUCACCAGCCCAGACAGUAAGGCCAAGCCUGCUGUUGGGUCAACCAAACCAAACUCUGUCAAAACACGGCCCACCUCUCUGUCCACUGGGGAUGCAGCUGCCCCCCUAAAACGUUCCGCCCCCACCUCCAGCUCUGCCAAUAAAAAAAGUCCUCUUACCAAGGCAACCACUCCCACUGCUGGCACCAAGCGGCCAACUGCCGCUCCCAGUCAAACCCCUACAGCCACCAAGUCCAAGACUCCGGAAAAUGGCACUUCUGACAGACGUCCUCCUGUGCCAAAGGCCAAUGGCACGGCCAAUAAGAACAGUUCCUCUACUACCGCCACUACUAAACCUGCUGGGCCACGCCCCUCUGCUAAUGCCCCCUCUCUGCGCCGCAACACAGUUCCCAAGACUGAUAUCAAGCCAGGUGACGUGAAGAAGCCUACUACGCUGAAGACAACACCAGCCAAGCCCAGGGUACCUCACACUUCUGCUACUGCUCCAAGCACUCCUGUAACCAACGGGGAGCAACCUCGCAGACGCAUCACCAAACCCCCGGUGCCCAAGCAGACGCCUAUGGAGAGGAAGCCAGCUGUACCCAGAGCUCCUAGGACUCCCAGGCCCAUUAACGCACCCCUGCCAGACCUGAAGAAUGUGCGUUCCAAGAUCGGCUCCACAGACAACAUGAAGUAUCAGUCUACCGGUGGCAAGGUCUCCUCGGCGGGGGGUUCCCAAUCCAAAGACGGCCAGGGCAAGGUUAUGAUAGUCCACAAAAAACUGGACUUCAGCCAUAUCACCUCCCGCUGUGGCUCCAAGGAUAAUAUCAAGCAUGUCCCUGGUGGAGGCAAUGUCCAGAUUCAGCAUAAGAAGGUGGACUUGAGCAAAGUGACCUCCAAGUGUGGCUCUAAGGACAACAUCAAGCACAAGUCAGGUGUGUCCACUACAGGGGGUGGAGAUGUGAAGAUUGAGGCUAAGGCCAAUGGUAAUGGCAAGCCCAAGGUGGGGUCAAUGGACAAUAUUGGCCUUGAGGCAGAGGAUGGACAAAACAAGGCUGGGGGGAUGCAGGAGAAAGCUGAGGGGAAAACAUCUCCCCCUGGUGGAGCUCCAGCCACAGGUGCAAGAAGUAUGACUAAGGAGAACGGACAUAAGGAGGCCACACCUCACCCUAAUCCCUUUGGGGGUGAUGGGCUGCGAGACCCGAUAGGCAUGGGCAUGGACAUGGACAAACGCAUCCCUGAGACAACAGAUUGAGUCUUACAAGCUGAGCUUUCGCAAGUGUGCACGGGCUCGCACGAACCACGGCGCCGACAUCAUCUCCCGGCCCACCCCGAUUGGCAGCCACCCCUCACCCUCAUCGCAGCACCUCUCUCAGUGUUUCUCUGGGGUCCGCCAGCUUUCUCCUCCACACCCUCCAGCUCCAACCCAGACCCGCGUCACCCAGACAUGAGGCAGGGGAACAACUACUGAAUGCUAGCAGGACAGGGACUUCUUUAGCACAUUCCAACUUCCUCCAGCACCUUCAUUUGACCUUUUACCUCUCCUUUUACCAUACUGUAUCUCAUCACUACUCUCUGUCCUUGUGGAAUAUCUUUCCUAGUCCUCUGGUCUUAGAGGAGCCAGUAUUAAAGUAUAGAGACCAGAGUUCAGAUAGAUAGACAAGCUCUUACUGUACAGUGGGGUUUGGUCUCUUCUGAAUUGCCCUGGCUUAACUUGCUGUGAUAUAAGGGGAGUAGUAUGACCUCAGAGUGAACCUUCUAGAAUCUAGUCCCUCCGUGUUCUGUUAUAGUUAUGUCAGCGCAGAGUGAAACUUAUUAUACUGCCUGAUUCUUUUGUUCCAGCCUAUAAUUUCUGUUCUUAUACGUAGUGCCACCUUGAUGAAAAUCACAAACACCUUCAGUGUCACACUCUACAGUAGGUAUAGUAGGUAUUUUACGUCAGACCAUCACAAUGAGCCAAUGCUAUCUAUGUGACCGGCCUUACCCUAGACGUAACACCUUCCUUACUGUACCUAUCUCUCUGGAUGAGCAUAACUCCCCUUGUACUGUUGGAACCCCAGAUUUCACUUGAGUUGUAUACAGUGCAUUAUACAAGGGCGAUUAGUGAAGCACCCCUUAUUGUGAGCAUGUGGGAUUGUCAUGUCAUCCCAAUGAACAGGGGCUAAUAUGCCACUCCCUCUCUUAACCAAUACAGUAUGUCUAGAUAACCCUUUGUAAACUUGUGAUUCCCCCACAGCACUCUCAACAACAAGAAACUAGUAGGCUGUUACAAACAGUAGGAUAUUUAACAUCUCUUAAAAAAACUCUGUAUUGUGUUUUCGUAAAUUAUUGUAACAAUGAGCUGAUGUGUUGUUAUGUGGUUUCAUCAUAAUAUACCCUUCUUCCUUUUACUGUUACAUCUCUCUGAAAGCAAUACAGUGAGUGGUCUUUGCUGAGGAUACAACUUCCUCAUACACACACAUCUCCACACAUGUGUACUACAGUACGGGACAGUCAGAGGGAGAGAGAGACAACCCCCC